AUGACCGUGCAAACCUCCACCGAAGCCGUGGACGAGCUGCAGCCCGUGCCCGAGGCCUGCGGGUCCUGUGAGUCAUUCGACGGAUGCGUAAAUGGCCAUUCCCACUACCCACAAGCAACACAGGCUCAGCCCACACAAGCAACACAGGCACAAGCGCCGGUGGCAUCUCCCACACAACCAAUGUCGUCGCCGCCACCGACACAACCCCAGCCGGUCCCCGGAAGUCGACCGCCAGGACGAACCCCCAGCGGCGUGUCGUCCUACGACGCUCCCAUGCGCUCCUCCACGUCCAUGGGCUCCCAGAAUGGAGGAGGCAUGAUCCUCGACACAGAACUGCCGUCCCACCAAGACACCAAGCUCAAGGUGGGCUCGUACGUGCCGUCAUCAGGCGAAGAGACCACCGACGACGAGGGUAUCAACUUCAUGGCGACCCGGCGGUUCCCGCCCCGCACCUCGCCGCCCAGAGAAAAGGAAAACGUGCACCACGACGCCGACACGGGCUCGCCACACGGAUCCUUAGAAAAGAAAAAAUCGUCGCGAGGACUGUCCCGACUCUUCUCAAAGACAAAGCUCUUUGACCAUAAGGACCACUCCAAGGAUCACGCCAAGGACGAUCAUUCCAAACGAGAACGCGGCUUCUCGCUCACCCGACGGUUCACCAACAAGGAAAAGAAGGACAAGGAAAAGGACCAUUCCCACCCGGGAGGCAUGGACGUACCCAAAGCCAGACCGCGAACUAACACACUCGACACCCACGCCAACCUCCCCCACUCGACAAGAUCACCCUCCGGAUACACCCGUGGAUCCUCGGUGCCCACCAAGAGCAUCACCCGCGCAAACACAGACACGGAGCUAUCGCGCAAGGAGCAGUCGCUGUCGUCGCUGCGAAACGGAGGCCAUGCCACCUCUGCGGGAGGCAUGCCCUUGUCUCCUGGCACCUCUCGACGGUACUCGGGCCACCAGCCUCUGCGUCCCCGUGUCAUGACCCAGACCCGUCAGCCAUCGUUGCCUCAUAAUAGUGACAUUUGCGACAUCCCCUUCGUGCCCUCUACCCCCAAAUAUCUGCUCAGUCCUGCCAAGAUCAUGAAACCGUCCGAGUUUCUGCCCCCGGAGUACAACACCGAUCCUCCGGACAUGGACAUUUGCACCAAGUACGCGGCGGAAAAGAAGCUGUCGAAAACAAAGCAGCUGGGCCGAGGUGCCACGGCCGUGGUCGAAAAGGUGAAUGAGAUCGAGUCCAAGAUGGUACGUGCCGUCAAGAUCUACAACAAGCGCUCCGCGGACACGGAUGCUAAGGACUUCUACGACUCGGUGGCAGAGGAAUACGUGAUUUCGCGCAAGCUGCAAGGCCACCGCAACAUUGUGCGGGUCAUGGAGCUGUGUCUGGGCUACCACGACUCGUGGUGCUGUGUCAUGGAGUUCUGCCCCCAGGGCGACAUGUUCUCACUGCUGGAGUCGUAUAAGGCCCAGAAGAAGAAGAUGCCCAAAGACGAGCGAAACUGCCUGUUCCGGCAGCUGCUCAUGGGCGUGGCCUUCAUGCAUCGAAACGGUGUUGCCCACAGAGACAUCAAACCCGAAAACCUACUGCUCACAGACGGAACGCUCAAAAUCACCGACUUUGGUGUCUCGGUGCAAAUGUUCGAUCCCGAGGUGCCCGACGGGCCCAUCAAGUACUGUGCCGGAAUCUCCGGUUCUGAGCCUUACAUCUCUCCCGAGGUGUUUGAGUCCAAGGUGAGCUACAAGGAAGACACCCCUGAGCAGCUCAUUGGUCGAUAUGACGGCCGGCUGCUGGACGUGUGGUCGUGUGCCAUUGUCUUCGUUAACCUGGUGCUUAAUGGAGGUCUGUUCGCAAAGGCCUCCAUGGACGACCUCAACUACAAAAAGUUCCAGGACGAACUGGACCGGUACUGGCGCAGAGAGGAAAACUUCCAGAAGUUCCACCGUAACGAGCUCACUGGAAAGGGCUCGCAGCUCGACUUGUCUGACUCGUGCGGCAACGGAGCUACCCAGAUGGGUGCUUUAGAGGCUGCUCUUCAGGAGGAGGCCAACUUGGUGUCUUCCGUGGUCCCCUCUCCCCGUCAGUCAUCUUCUAAUCUGACGGGAAUGGGUUCCAUUUCGCGGUCCGAUCUGCGUCUUGGCGGCGGCGAAAUGGCCCCUCUUCCUUAUUUCAAUGAGAUGGGUUCGGGUCUCAAGAGACUCAUUGCCCGGAUGCUCAUGCACGACCCUCGAGACCGGCCCUACAUGCCCGAGAUCAUUUCAAGCACGUCUGUGCGAAACAUUGGCAUGUGUUUCCCGGUGGACAACAUGGAGGAUUACGCGCCGGAUCAGUACGUCAAGGGCUCGCUCGCAGAGCUGUAUGGAUACGAUUUGGCCAUCAAGCGGGUCACGAGCGCCGACCAGACGCUCAAGAAGGAGGAAAAGUUUGUCCGCAACCAUAAUCAUGAGCCUCUCAGCGCUCCUCCCAGUACCUUUGGUAUUGGCACUUUCCGGGACCCUUACUAG